CCAUCCCCCGGGUCUGUCAUCCCGCGCUGUGGCCAUGGCAGCGCCGUGCUGGGCCGUGCGGGGUGCGCCUUGCCGCCCCUCUCCGGCCCUGCUGACGCCGCUCCCUCCGCCGGCACGGAGCAGCCCGGGGACAGAGGCCGAGGCGGGUGGUGUCGGGGGCAGGCUGCGUUCUCGGGGAAGGUGGAGGGGGAAACGGGUCUCCGAGCACUGAAAGCUCCCGCCUGGGCAGCAGCUGGAGGGGAGCACGGUGCCUUCUCCUGCCGUGCAGAUCUCUAGAAAAACGGACUGAUGGCUUCUGCACCUGUUUCACAGCCUCCUCCUAAAAAAACGGUGGCCUCUCACGUGCCUUUUGCAGAUCUCUGUUCUACUCUCGAGCGAAUACAGAAGUCCAAAUCCCGUCCAGAGAAAACCAAGUAUUUCAAGGAUUUUCUGGAUUCCUGGAGGAAAUUCCACGAUGCACUUCAUCAGAAAGAGAAAGAUGUCACAGAUUCCUUUUACCCAGCUAUGCGUCUUAUUCUCCCACAGCUGGAAAGAGAAAGGAUGGCAUAUGGAAUUAAAGAAACUAUGCUUGCAAAGCUCUAUAUUGAACUGCUUAGUUUACCAAAAGAUGGAAAAGAUGCUGCAAAACUUUUAAAUUACAGAACACCUACGGGCUCACGUGGAGAUGCUGGAGAUUUUGCAAUGAUCGCAUACUUUGUGCUAAAACCUAGGAGCCCAAAACAAGGCAGACUGACAAUAGAACAAGUCAAUGAACACUUAGAUGCAAUUGCUAAUAAUAAUGCUGCUAAAAACAAGGGUCAGUUAAAGAAAAGUCUUCUUCAGCUAAUUACCCAGAGCACAGCACUGGAACAAAAAUGGCUUAUCCGAAUGAUUAUAAAGGAUCUAAAGCUUGGUGUUAGUCAACAAACUAUAUUUUCAAUUUUUCAUCCUGAUGCUGCUGAAUUGCACAAUGUUACUACUGAUUUGGAAAAAGUUUGCAGACAACUGCAUGAUCCCUCUGUCUCGCUUAGUGAUGUUUCUAUCAUGUUGUUUUCUGCCUUUAAACCAAUGCUUGCUGCUAUUGCAGAUGUCCAGCAAAUUGAGAAACAAAUGAGUAACCAGACAUUCUACAUAGAAACUAAGCUGGAUGGUGAACGUAUGCAGAUGCACAAAGAUGGGGAUGUGUACAAGUAUUUUUCCCGAAAUGGGUUUGACUAUACUCAGCAAUUUGGUGCUUCACCCCUUGAAGGUUCAUUAACGCCAUUUAUUCAUAAUGUAUUUAAGAGCAAUAUACAAAAUUGCAUUCUUGAUGGUGAAAUGAUGGCUUACAAUCCUGAGGCACAAACUUUUAUGCAAAAAGGAAACAAAUUUGACAUAAAAAGAAUGGUGGAGGACUCUGAUCUGCAGACCUGCUUCUGUGUAUUUGAUGUAUUGAUGGUUAAUGAUCAGAAGUUGGGGCAUGAAGUACUAAGCAAAAGAUAUGAAAUCUUAAGUAGUGUAUUUACUCCGGUAAAGGGCAGGAUACAUGUUGUCCAUAAGAGAAAUGCCAGAACAAGAAAAGAAGUAAUUGAUGCUUUAAAUGAAGCCAUAGAUAAUAGGGAGGAAGGGAUUAUGGUGAAAGAUCCCAUGUCCACCUACAAGCCUGACAAACGUGGGGAAGGCUGGUUAAAAAUCAAGCCAGAAUAUGUCAGUGGACUCAUGGAUGAGCUGGACCUUUUAAUUGUUGGUGGUUACUGGGGGAAGGGGUCUCGUGGUGGAAUGAUGUCUCAUUUUCUAUGUGCUGUUGCAGAGACGCCCCCUCCGAAUGAAAAACCAACCAUUUUCCACUCCAUUUGUCGUGUUGGCUCUGGCUAUACUAUGAAAGAGUUGUAUGAUCUAGGCUUGAAACUGGCUAAACACUGGAAGCCUUACCAUAGGAAGGACCCUCCUGGUAACAUUUUGUGUGGAGCUGAAAAACCUGAAAUGUACAUUGAACCUUGCAACUCUGUCAUAGUUCAGAUCAAGGCAGCUGAGAUUGUUGACAGUGAUAUGUAUAAAACUGACUGUACUUUGAGAUUCCCCCGAAUUGAGAAAAUAAGGGAAGACAAAGAAUGGUAUGAGUGCAUGACCUCUGACAUGUUAGAAGACCUCAGAAACAAAGCACAAGGAAAGCUGGCGUCUAAGCACCUUCAUAUAGAUGAGUACGAUGAACCGCAUGAGAAAAAAAGGAAAACUGUUUCAAAGGUGAGGAAGGUAAUUGGAAUAGCUGAGCAAUUUAAAGCUCCUGAUCUUUCUAGUGUAAGCAAGGUUUCAAAUGUGUUUGAAGAUGUUGAGUUUUGUGUUAUGACAGGAAUGGGAAAAUACUCAAAGUCUGAGCUGGAAAGCAGAAUAGCCCAAUGUGGUGGCAGUGUGGUACAGAACCCGGGGCCGGAGACUUACUGUGUCAUUGUGGGAGCUGAGAAUGUCAGAGUGAAAAACAUCAUUGCUUCCAACAAAUACGAUGUGGUGAGGGCAGAGUGGCUCCUUCAGUGUUUUCAAACCAAAAUGCUGGUGCCUUGGCAACCAGCCUUUAUGAUUCACAUGUCUCCUGACACAAAAGAACAUUUUGCUCGUGAGUAUGAUUGUUAUGGAGACAGUUACACAGCAAACACAGAUGUUGUGCAGCUCAAGGAAGUGUUCUCAAGAAUGAAAGACAAUAAGGCAAUGCCUCUGGACUUGAUUGCAGAGCUGGAAGAACGUUAUUGGUGUAACAGUUGUCAGCUUGGUAUAUUCAGAGGAAGCACUAUUUAUGUGGACUGUUACGCUGUUGUUAAUGAGCCCCAAAGCAAAAUCCCUGGAACUACACUAUCAAUUAAAGCUUUGGAACUCCGUUUUUAUGGUGCAGAAGUAGUUUCUCACCUUGAAGAGGGUGUCUCCCAUGUUGUUGUAGGAGAAGAUUGUUCACGGGUAGAAGAGAUGAAAGCACUCAGGAGAACAUUUGGGAAAAAAUUUAAAAUUGUAUCUGAGCUGUGGGUAACACACUCAGUGGAGGAAGGAGUCGCAAAGAAUGAAAAUCAGUACUUAGUUUAAAACAGUUUUUAAGAUUGGAGCAAAGGCACGGUUAGACUCGGAUUUUGUGAGAUUGUCCUAAAUUUUUUGUGUGUUUUCAUGUCUAUUUAAAGCUGGCUCUGGCUAAAGAAUUGCUGAAAUCAGAGAAAGGCUUUUAAUUUUACUGUUGCGGAAACAGGAGGAUGCUAAGCUGUGUUGGAGGGAAAAAAAACACCACAAGAUAAAUAAUUUAAGCCUUUUAAUCCACAAACAGGUCUCAGGAGAGAUCUACAAUUUUAUAUAAAUAAAAUAUGUUUGAAACUGGCUAGUUUGUUCUAGCAGUAAUUUAUAAAUUUAAUCUGGACUGUUUUAAUUUGCUUACAUUGGUUUUAGCAUUAAGCACCACACAGCCUCAGAAGCACUUGGAUUUUAGGAUAUUGUGUAGAUUCCAUGUUUGUGUAAAUAGCCUUUGUACAAAAGAAACGAAACCUUUCAUUGAGGUGAUAAUGAAUUAAUAAUGACCUAUAUAUAUGUGAAAUGCAAAUCAAUUACUUAAGAAUUGUAAUAACUUCCUGUGCUCAUUACAGUUUAACUGUGAAUUGUGACAGGACUAGGCUUUUACAAUUAACCAUCAGUUUAUCUUUUAAAAAUGCUUCUUAAGUUAUUGUAGGAUUAAUUUCCAAAUAUCCAAAUAGUUCCAUGUAUAUUUUUCCAAUUACUAAAUAAAAUAUAUUUUUAAA